GAUUUCUUAAGAACUUUCUGAUUUGUGUCAGCGCCGGAAAAUGAACCGUGACGGCGCCGGAGAAGGCGACUCUGUUUCACACGAACCUUUAACAUCUAAAAGUCCUAAAGAAGAAGAAGAAGAGACGAAGAAAAAGGAAAAAAACGAAGAAAAGGCGAAGACAGUUCCUUUCUACAAGCUAUUUGCGUUUGCAGAUUCCUUUGAUGUCCUCUUGAUGAUAUGUGGCUCAAUUGGAGCUAUUGGGAAUGGUGUGUGUUUACCUCUUAUGACAUUGUUGUUUGGUAAUCUCAUCGAUUCCUUUGGAAAAAAUCAGAACAACAAAGACAUUGUUGAUGUUGUCUCCAAGGUUUGUCUUAAAUUCGUCUACCUUGGACUUGGAAGACUUGGAGCAGCCUUUCUUCAGGUUGCUUGUUGGAUGAUUACGGGAGAGAGACAAGCCGCAAGGAUAAGAAGUACGUAUCUGAAAACAAUUCUGAGACAAGACAUUGGAUUCUUUGAUGUCGAAGCAAACACAGGAGAGGUUGUUGGUAGAAUGUCUGGAGAUACUGUUCUUAUUCAAGAUGCCAUGGGUGAGAAGGUUGGGAAGUUUAUUCAGCUGGUAUCUACUUUCGUUGGCGGAUUUGCUUUAGCUUUUGCUGAAGGAUGGUUACUAACAUUGGUUAUGUUAACUUCGAUUCCUCUUCUUGCUAUGGCUGGUGCAGCCAUGGCCCUUAUCGUCACUAGAGCUUCUUCUCGGGGACAAGCCGCUUAUGCAAAAGCAGCAACUGUUGUUGAACAGACAAUCGGGUCUAUCCGAACGGUUGCUUCUUUUACGGGAGAGAAGCAAGCCAUUAACAGCUACAAGACGUUCAUAACAUUGGCGUAUAAAUCAAGCAUUCAACAAGGUUUCUCAACCGGUUUAGGACUUGGAGUAAUGUUCUUUGUGUUUUUCAGCAGCUAUGCUUUGGCUAUUUGGUUUGGUGGGAAGAUGAUACUCGAAAAAGGGUAUACUGGUGGCGCUGUGAUCAACGUGAUCAUCAUUGUGGUUGCGGGUUCAAUGUCGCUUGGGCAAACAUCUCCAUGUGUAACCGCAUUUUCAGCUGGUCAGGCUGCAGCAUAUAAGAUGUUUGAGACAAUCAAACAAAAGCCUUUGAUUGAUGCUUAUGACGUUAAUGGAAAGGUUCUUGAAGAUAUCCGAGGAGACAUUGAACUUAAAGAUGUGCAUUUCAGUUACCCCGCGAGGCCAGACGAGGAUAUAUUCGACGGAUUCUCUCUGUUUAUUCCCAGCGGUGCAACAGCAGCAUUAGUAGGAGAAAGUGGAAGUGGAAAAUCUACCGUGAUCAGUUUGAUUGAGAGGUUUUAUGAUCCAAAAUCCGGCGCAGUACUAAUUGAUGGAGUUAAUCUUAAGGAGUUUCAGUUGAGAUGGAUCAGAAGCAAAAUCGGAUUGGUCAGUCAAGAGCCGGUUCUGUUUUCGUCGAGCAUCAUGGAGAAUAUCACCUAUGGGAAAGAAAAUGCGACGCUUCAAGAGAUUAAAGCUGCAACAGAACUAGCUAAUGCGGCGAAGUUCAUAGAUAACUUACCUCAGGGGUUGGAUACAUUGGUAGGAGAGCACGGGACACAGCUCUCGGGAGGACAGAAACAGAGGAUAGCAAUUGCGAGAGCGAUUCUUAAAGAUCCGCGGAUUUUGUUGCUGGAUGAAGCAACAAGUGCACUCGAUGUGGAAUCCGAAAGAGUUGUUCAAGAGGCUUUAGAUAGAGUGAUGGUUAACCGGACUACGCUGAUUAUUGCGCAUAGGUUAAGCACGGUAAGAAAUGCGGAUAUGAUUGCAGUAAUUCACCGCGGAAAAAUGGUGGAAAAAGGUUCACAUUCCGAGUUGUUGAAAGAUUCUGAGGGAGCUUAUACGCAGCUCAUUCGGUUACAAGAGAUAAACAAGGGUAAUGAUGUGAAACCAUCAGACAUAUCUGCGGGAUCGUCUUUCUGGAAUUCGAGUUUGAAAAAAUCAAUAGAGGGAUCGGUUAUCAGUGGCGGAACCUCGUCGGUUGGAAAUAGCAGCCGUCAUCAUUCUUUGAAUGUUCUUGGUUUAUUUGCAGGACUAGACCUCGGUAGCGGUAGCCAACGAGUAGGUCAAGAGGAAACUGGAACGGCAAGUCAAGAACCGCUCCCAAAAGUAUCACUCACCCGAAUUGCAGCUCUAAACAAACCUGAGAUCCCUGUUCUUCUUCUAGGAACUGUAGCAGCAGCAAUCAAUGGCGUUAUUUUCCCGCUUUUCGGGAUUCUGAUUUCAAGAGUCAUCGAAGCGUUCUUCAAACCAGCUGACCAACUAAAAAACGAAUCAAGAUUCUGGGCGAUUAUAUUUGUAGCUCUGGGAGUAACUUCGUUGAUUGUCUCACCGUCUCAAAUGUAUCUGUUUGCAGUAGCUGGAGGAAAACUAAUUCGACGAAUUCAGUCAAUGUGCUUUGAGAAAGCGGUUCACAUGGAAGUUGGAUGGUUCGAUGAGCCAGAGAACUCGAGUGGUACAAUGGGGGCCAGGCUCUCGACUGAUGCAGCUUUGAUUAGAGCUCUAGUUGGAGAUGCAUUGUCUCUAGCGGUUCAAAAUGCUGCAUCUGCUGCGUCUGGAUUGAUUAUAGCGUUCACUGCGAGUUGGGAACUGGCGCUUAUAAUAUUAUUGAUGCUUCCUCUUAUUGGUAUCAAUGGCUUCCUUCAAGUCAAGUUUAUGAAAGGAUUCAGUGCCGACGCAAAGUCAAAGUAUGAGGAGGCGAGUCAGGUAGCGAAUGAUGCGGUAGGGAGUAUAAGAACAGUUGCUUCUUUCUGCGCGGAGGAAAAAGUGAUGCAGAUGUAUAAGAAGCAAUGCGAAGGUCCGAUAAAAGAUGGAAUAAAGCAAGGUUUCAUCAGCGGAUUAGGGUUUGGAUUCUCUUUCUUCAUUCUGUUUUGUUUCUACGCGACAAGCUUCUACGCGGCUGCUAGAUUGGUUGAAGAUGGCAGGACUACUUUCAUUGAUGUUUUCCAGGUGUUCUUUGCGUUAACAAUGGCAGCGAUUGGGGUUUCUCAGUCGAGUACUUUCGCUCCAGAUUCGAGCAAAGCCAAGGCUGCAGCUGCUUCGAUCUUUGCAAUCAUCGAUAGAAAAUCGAAGAUAGACUCGAGCGAAGAGUCAGGGACAGUGUUGGAGAACGUUAAGGGAGAUAUCGACCUUCGUCACUUAAGCUUCACUUAUCCAGCAAGACCAGACAUUCAGAUCUUUUGUGAUCUUUGCUUAACCAUUCGCGCAGGAAAGACGGUUGCUUUGGUAGGAGAAAGCGGGUCGGGGAAAUCGACGGUGAUUUCGCUGUUACAAAGAUUUUAUGAUCCAGAUUCCGGUCAUAUAACUUUAGACGGAGUUGAGCUCAAGAAGCUGCAGUUGAAAUGGUUGAGACAACAAAUGGGACUAGUGGGACAAGAACCGGUCUUGUUCAACGACACGAUUCGAGCCAAUAUUGCUUAUGGCAAAGGAAGCGAAGACGCUGCAACCGAGGCUGAAAUCAUAGCUGCCGCCGAACUCGCCAAUGCACACAAAUUUAUCUCUAGCAUACAACAGGGUUACGACACAGUGGUGGGAGAGAGAGGAAUUCAAUUAUCAGGAGGACAGAAACAGCGCGUAGCUUUAGCACGCGCCAUCGUGAAAGAGCCGAAGAUAUUGCUUUUGGACGAAGCAACAAGCGCUCUUGAUGCCGAAUCAGAACGAGUGGUUCAGGAUGCGCUUGACCGAGUGAUGGUAAACCGAACCACGGUAGUGGUAGCUCAUCGGUUAUCGACCAUUAAAAACGCUGACGUAAUUGCCGUCGUUAAGAAUGGUGUGAUCGCUGAGAAAGGGACUCACGGGACUUUGAUCAAAAUCGACGGUGGGGUUUAUGCCUCGCUAAUGAAGAAGUCAUCACCAUUGCUCUGUUUCUCUCUUGCUCUGUUUUCUCUCCUAUCAUCUCCUUCCUCUUCCGCUCGUAUCUUCUCCUCCCUUGUCCCCUCCGCCGCUCCUUCUCCCGCCGUAUCCACCACAACCGGCGGCGGCGUAGAUGAAACCGAUUUCUCCGCCUUCACGCAAUGGAACAUUUUAAACCUAACGGACCUCAAAAGCACCUUUAAAAACCUCCCGGAUCUCUCUAAGCUCAACAUCUCAUCCCUCCACGUGUCACCCGCCGUUGGCUCCGUCUGCUCUAACACCGACUACGCCGCCGAAUGCGUCGUCUCAAUCCUCCCACUCCUCCGUGACUUCCGCAAAUUCGAGCCAAAACCCAUCGACGUCCUUCGAAUGGAGAUGAGUGCGCUCUACGAGAAAGCUAACGCCACGCUUGACUUAGCCAAGCGUCUCAUCGUUGACCAGUCAACGCCGCGUGACGUGGCUGAUGUUUUGGACUUAUGUGUCGAUAACUACGAGUCGCUUCUCGAUGAUCUCAAAGAUGCUUCCGUAGCCGUCGAUGAUGGAGACUUUGGAAGGCUCGAGAGUGUAGUGAGUGCUGCGAUCGCUGAUGUGGUGACUUGCUCGGACGCGUUCACUGGGUCGUCGGAGCUUGAGUCGCCGAUGGCUAACGUUGAUGAUUUUCUUAAGAAGCUUUGUAGUAAUGUCUUGGCUAUUUCUCAGAUGAUCCACAUAUUCACAGCUGGAUUCGUCUCCGCUAGUCCCAAUGGUUCCUCUUUCGAUUCUCCCAAGCUUUCUCUUCCUUUCGAGCCCCUUCGUUCAAGGAAGACGAAGAAGUUAGUUAGCGAUAGAAAGAAUUGGAAGAAUUCAACUCCGAAAGCUGUAUAUUCCGGCAAUCUCUGGACACCGGAGAUUCCUUCUCCUCAAGGAGUUUGGUCCAUUAGAGAUGAUUUACAAGUCCCUUCUUCGCCGUAUUUUCCUGUGUAUGCUCAAGGACAAGGACCACCUCCUAUGGUGCAAGAACGUUUCCAGAGUAUCAUUAGUCAGCUCUUCCAAUAUAGGAUUAUUCGCUGUGGUGGUGCUGUGGAUGAUGAUAUGGCAAACAUAAUUGUAGCUCAACUUCUGUAUCUUGAUGCUGUUGAUCCUACUAAGGAUAUUGUCAUGUAUGUUAAUUCUCCUGGUGGAUCAGUUACAGCUGGCAUGGCUAUAUUCGAUACUAUGAGGCAUAUCCGGCCUGAUGUGUCCACUGUUUGUGUCGGUCUAGCUGCUAGUAUGGGAGCUUUUCUGCUUAGUGCUGGAACCAAAGGGAAAAGAUACAGUCUACCAAACUCAAGGAUAAUGAUCCAUCAGCCGCUUGGUGGAGCUCAAGGUGGCCAAACCGACAUUGACAUUCAGGCAAAUGAAAUGCUGCAUCACAAGGCAAACCUAAACGGUUACCUCGCGUACCACACUGGUCAAAGCCUGGAGAAGAUAAACCAGGACACAGACCGUGAUUUCUUCAUGAGUGCUAAAGAAGCAAAAGAGUAUGGACUUAUCGACGGUGUUAUCAUGAACCCUCUUAAAGCUCUCCAGCCACUUGCAGCAGCUUAAUCGCCUGAAGGUAGUGGUUCAGCUUUAGCACUUUUUUUUUUUUUUGGCCUUUUAUGAACUGAGAUUUUCCAUGAAAUAUGCUUCUAGAAGGAAAAUCAGAUUUGUUUGGGAUCAAAAUCUGUAGUUGAUACAUACAUGAAGAACAAAGUAAAUUUUCUUGCCCUGC